UGACCCAGCGGCAUGUGCCCGGCCGCCGGGCUCCAGCGGGGCAUUUAAAUGGCAGCGCCCGCGGGGCCUGCAGCAGAGCUCGCUCCUCUCCGCGCCCGGCAGCAUGAGAUCGUCGCUGGCUCCCGGGAUCCGCCUCAUCCGGGCUCUGCCCCGGGACAGCUGGUAUCGGGGGCUAACGCUUGUGCUGACAUUCGUGUUUUAUGCCAGUUUCCAUCUCUCUCGCAAACCCAUUAGCAUUGUGAAGAGUGAGCUGCACACCAAUUGCUCUUCUCUGGAAAAGAUUCCCCCCAAUGACACCAACAGCACCACGUGGUGUGACUGGGCUCCCUUUGAUCAGGCUAACUACAAUGAGCUUUUUGGUGCCCUGGACAAUGCCUUCUUGGUUGCCUAUGCCAUUGGAAUGUUUAUCAGUGGCAUCUUUGGUGAGCGCCUCCCACUACGCUAUUACCUGUCGGGAGGGAUGGUGCUGAGUGGACUGUUCACUUCCUUGUUUGGCCUGGCCUACUUCUGGGAAAUCCACGUUCUCUGGUACUACAUCAUCAUCCAGAUCUGCAAUGGUUUGGUGCAGACGACUGGCUGGCCAUCCGUGGUGACGUGCGUUGGGAACUGGUUCGGAAAGGGGAAGAGAGGUCUGAUCAUGGGCAUCUGGAAUUCCCAUACCUCUGUAGGAAACAUCCUGGGGUCCCUAAUCGCUGGAGUGUGGGUUUCGUCAGCCUGGGGCCUGUCUUUCAUCGUGCCUGGAAUCAUCAUUGCAAUCAUGGGAAUCGUCUGCUUCUUGUUCCUCGUUGAAUAUCCUGAAGACGUUGAUUGCAGCCCACCUCUGCACCAUACGGAAUCAGAGGAAUCAGAGGAGAAAGACCCUGAAGUGACGCUCUCCGCUGAUGAUGGGAGCUGUAGCCGAGAAAACACUAUCGAUUCUUCAGAGUAUCCCAAAGAACCAGCUGAGCAGCCAGGAGCCAUCAGCUUCUUAGGAGCCCUCAGGAUACCCGGUGUGGUGGAGUUCUCCUUAUGCCUGCUGUUUGCAAAGCUGGUCAGUUACACUUUCCUCUACUGGCUGCCUCUCUACAUUGUGAAUGUUGCUCACUUCAGCGCUAAGGAGGCUGGGGACCUGUCCACGCUCUUUGAUGUUGGCGGCAUCCUAGGAGGCAUUCUGGCUGGUCUCAUAUCGGACUACACUGAUGGCAGGGCCACCACAUGCUGUGUGAUGCUGAUAGUGGCUGCUCCUAUGCUAUUCCUGUACAAUCACGUUGGCCAGAAUGGAAUAGGCAGUUCAAUAGCUAUGCUAAUUGUAUGUGGUGCCCUGGUGAAUGGGCCGUAUGCUCUCAUUACGACAGCGGUUUCAGCUGACUUGGGAACUCAUGAGUGUCUCAAAGGAAAUGCAAAAGCCCUGUCCACUGUUACAGCCAUAAUUGAUGGGACUGGAUCUGUAGGUGCUGCUCUGGGCCCCCUGCUGGCAGGGCUGAUCUCUCCCACUGGCUGGAACAAUGUCUUCUACAUGCUAAUAACAGCGGAUAUCUUGGCUUGCCUGUUCCUUUCCCGGGUGGUGUAUAAAGAGAUUAAAGGAUGGUGUGGCUGCUACACAAGAAAAAGAGGGUAUGUGCUUCUAAAAUCCCAAGUUUGUUGUGUAUUUCUAUGACUGUUCUCAGAUCUCCUGUAACACUGGCAGAGAAGCCUUCACUUCCAGCAAAAUAUGCAGGUAUGGUACAUGCUGAGUGCACAUAGGAGUUUUAGAUCUAAAGUAGGUGACAUUGAAAAAGGAAACUUACUGUACUUGGGUAAUUUACGUCUGCUGCUGCAUUCCCUGCAUUUAGAAUGGGAAGCACCCCAAAUGCUGCUAUAAAUGUUUUGUCUUUGUCCAGUCUUUGAUGGAACCCCCUGUACAAUGAAUGCCUCCCCACCCCCUAUCCUAUCCCCCAAGCAUGCCCAAAAGGACACCUAGAGCCUGGGCCACAGAAGAACCCAGGGAGAGUUAUGACUGUUCUAAUGACCCAAGGCUUCUACCUCCAGCCCUGCAAAACCCUAUUAAUGUGUUCUAAAUGAAUUGUCCUUGUGUGUCUUCUUAGCUCUUCUGUGGCACUAACACACGCAGUAGUGUUGGAUGGGAAAUAGUUUGUAUUGUGAGUAUCUUUGCUAUUUUGCUGCUGCAGCUAAUUCCAUCUGCAAUUUAUCCUGAUUUUUCUUUCUUGGCAUUUGUGGGGUAAACUUGAAGGUGUCUGUUCCGUGGCUAACUAAAGAAGAGUAGAGACCCAAGGCACAGUAGUCAUACAACGGACUUCUAAGGGAACAGCUUCCAAAGAAAAGAAUCCAAUAUGUCCAUCUCCAGUGCCUGACUGUGAGAGCGGCACAUGCUGUGCUCUGGGUCAUAAUUGCAGAGUAGUGGGGCUAACUGACCAGAAGACUGUCUGGAAAUGUCCAAACACACACUGAUCUGGACACCAAAUUUUUAGUCCUAGAGUAUAAGGCCAGAAAGGAUCAUCAGAUCAUCUUGUCUGACCACCAAUGAGUGUGUUAAACUAACAAACUACAAGUGGCCAAGUACAUAGCCCCACUGCUCCUGUAAUCUUGCCAGUGAAUCUAAUGAUAAAAAUAGAAAUGUAAUGCUGUACCAAUCAAAGUAAUUUCCAAGCCUGUGUAAAAUGAAGGUAACAAUCAUGUGUCUUGUCCUGGAGUCAACAGAAAUUGAUGAGAUUGUAGACUAUAUUUCUCAGAGGCCAUUUUUGCUCUUUACCUGACAAUCCCAGGGCAGCUCGUGGUGGUGCAGGGCUGCGCUUUGCCAAGGUGUGUUCUUGCCAUGCUCUCAGGAGUCUGGUACACUAUAUCUUGAUUAUGUUUACAGGUAAACAGCUUUUUUAGUAGCCAUGUUCUGGGCCCCUGUGUUACGGUAAGUCUGGCCCAAGUCUCCUCCUCAGCCCUGGUGCAGGGUAAUAAGACUCCUGCUUUCAUGUCUCGGCUAUCUUGUCACAAAGGGCCCAGUUCUAGCUUCUCCAACCUGAAUCAGCUCCCUUUGGGAGUGAUGGGAGUGACGUGUGCCCAUCUGCCAGCGGAAAUGGGCCCCAGGGAGAAUGUGUUGUGAGCAGCUCUGGCUUUGGGAAUGUGCCACUCUGCGCUUGCUGGGUCCACCAAAGGGUGGCAAACCUGCUUCCUUUAUGUUGGUCAGUCAGGAUGAUGCUUCAGGCUCUGUUUAGAGCCCUUUGGUGUCUGAGGCUCCAGUCUGAUCCCUUGGGAAGGGCAUAUGGUGGGCUCAGCCAGCUAAUGGCAGCUGGACCUCAAUUUAUAUCUGGCUGGUUCUGCCUUCUGGAGAGAGUCACCUCAACAGCAGCCUGGAAAAGCAGGGCUAUAGCCAGGGUGCCUCUUGUUGCAUUUUAUGAGACAAGGUUCCCUUUUUUCAGGGCUUGUGAGCCUGGCACAGCAGGGAGAACUGGGCCAGAAAGCUGUGGGUUCAAGUCUCCGCAGUGUGAUUCUGGCUCAUUCUCAGCGAUAGCUGUGAAGAAGCAAGGAGAGGGAGGAAUGCUGCAGUGCAAGAGCUGCAACCUUCAGCUAAGACAAAGGCCCAGAUCCCCACAGGGACAUAGGCAUUGCAACACCGAACUUUUAGGCACCUAGAAAUCCCUGGAACUAAAACAGGAUCCACAAAGCCUGAGUUAGGUGCUAGUUUCCCUAUGCAAUGAAUGGGGUGUGGGGAAGGCGCUUAAGAAUGGGACCAACAAAAGCCAGCCUCUCCUCCUGUGGAUCUGGCCCGACAGUACUAUCCCAUCUGCCAGCCUUUGGGGGUUGGGCUAGGAAGUUGGGACAGUCAGCUCUGUCCCCAAAUUCCCUCUCAGCAGAAGGUUCUAAUGUCUAAAGCUGAGGCCCAUGUGGUCACUGAGGUCUGUCUCACUAUCUGCAUAGUCACUGCAGUGCUGGUAUCUCCUUAUGUCGGGACCCCCAGCCUCUGGAAGGUGCUGCAGCCACCUCAGCCCCUGGGUGGUCCUUGCAUGUCCCUCUUGGGUUGUUUCUCAGACUCUUACCAUUUAGUUCCCCACUGGAAUCAAAUUAACAGCUGUGAACUGCUUUCUGCUCUCUGGGACACACACUAGGCUCUUGCGUUAGCAGGAACCAAAAUGGGGGCGGUAUCUCUGCUGCCCUCUCUCCCUGCUUGCUCCUUUGGUUCUUUCCCUUGCACAAGGACUCCGUGGGUCUAAAACUUGGCAGGUGAGGUGAGCUGGGUGAGGGCUAUGCAAAGGGGCAGGAUGUAAGUACCAGUGACUUGGCUUUGGAUUCUGGCACACUGCAAUUCUUGAACAAUCUCCAUCGGAGCAAAGUUCCAUCUAUCCCUGACUGUAUCUGAGCACCUGGGAAGCGGUGGCUAGUAAGGCUUAAAAGUGCUUUGGAAGCGUAUCGAAUGUAAUUAAACUCAUGAAAAUAAACUGUUCCUUGGCAGGCACCUGCCUGGCCACACUCCAUGGGCUGUGCUCUAA